CUGCUUGCACCAACGUCUGUUUGUCGAUUGAUUCUGCAAGACUGAGAACUGCACGAUAAGAUCUUCAGCAUGAUACCUGCAGUUACACUCAACAAUGGAGCAAAGAUGCCUAUCGUGGGUCUGGGAACAUGGAGGGCAGACCCAGGAAAGGUCACAGAGGCUGUGAAAGUGGCUAUAAGCGCUGGUUACAGGCACAUCGAUGGUGCGUACGUGUACCAGAAUGAAGAAGAAGUUGGGGCUGGGAUUCGUGUAAUGAUCAAUGAAGGCGUGGUCAAGAGGGAAGAUCUAUUCAUCGUCAGUAAGCUAUGGUGCACCUUCCACCUUCCAUCACUAGUGAGGGGAGCAUGUGAAAAGACUCUCAGUGACCUGAAACUGGACUACCUGGACCUCUACCUCAUGCACUUUCCUAUGGGAGCCAAGCCAGGUGAUGAGAUUUUUCCUUUAGAUGAGCACGGCCAGGUUAUUUCUGAUGGGAGCAAUUUCUUGGACACUUGGGAGGCUAUGGAACAGCUGGUCGAUGCUGGGUUGGUGAAGGCUAUCGGCAUCUCUAACUUUAACAAAGACCAGAUUGAAGCUCUUCUCAACAAGCCAGGACUCAAGUACAAGCCUGCCAACAACCAGAUUGAGUGCCACCCGUACCUGACUCAGGAGAAGCUGAUCAACUACUGCCACUCAAAGGGCAUCUCAGUGACGGCUUACAGCCCCCUGGGUUCCCCUGACAGACCCUGGGCUUCAUCUGAUGAACCCUCUCUGCUGGAGGAACCUAAGAUCAAUGCCAUUGCCAAAAAGUACAACAAAACUCCAGCACAGGUUCUCAUCAGGUUCCACAUCCAGAGGAACGUAAUUGUCAUUGCAAAGUCGGUAACACCCAGUCGAAUCAAGGAAAAUUUCCAGUUGUCUGACUUUGAGCUGAAUGAAGAAGACAUGAAGACCAUGCUGAGCUUGAACAAGAAUUGGAGAGGAUUCCCUGUACAAUGGGCCUCAAAACACAAAGACUUCCCCCUGAAUGCAGAAUACUAACUCAUCAGACAGUAAACUGCAGUUUCUGCUUUGCAUACACUCUUUUUAUUCACAUUAUACAUGUUGUUACCAAAAUAACCUGCCUAAUGUGCUUAUCCA